GAAUGCUUUAAGGGAAGCUGGGCCACUCACAAGUUACUACACAAGAAAGCAAAAGAUGAAAAAGCUAAGCGUGAAGUUUCCUCUUGGACCCUGGAAGGUGACGUUAACACAAAUCCCUGGUCUGGUUAUCGAUACACUGGUAAACUCAGGCCACACUAUCCACUGACACCAACAAGACCUGUGCCAAGUUAUAUCCAGAGACCGGAUUAUGCUGAUCACCCCCUAGGAAUGUCUGAAUCAGAACAGGCUUUAAAAGGAACUUCUCAAAUAAAAAUACUCUCAUCUGAGGAUAUAGAAGGGAUGCGAGUAGUGUGUAGGCUUGCUAGAGAAGUAUUGGAUGUUGCUGCCAUGAUGGUGAAAGCAGGUGUAACUACUGAAGAAAUCGAUCAUGCUGUCCAUUUAGCUUGUAUUGCAAGGAAUUGCUAUCCUUCCCCUCUGAAUUAUUAUAAUUUCCCGAAGUCAUGUUGUACAUCAGUGAAUGAAGUGAUCUGUCAUGGGAUUCCUGACAGGAGGCCGUUGCAGGAGGGAGACAUUGUUAAUGUGGAUAUUACUGUCUAUCGUAAUGGCUACCAUGGAGAUCUGAAUGAGACGUUUUAUGUUGGAGAAGUUGAUGAGGGUGCAAGGAGACUUGUCCAGACGACUUACGAGUGCCUAAUGCAAGCCAUCGAUGCAGUAAAACCUGGUGUUCGGUACAGAGAACUGGGAAACAUUAUUCAGAAACAUGCUCAAGCAAAUGGAUUUUCAGUAGUUCGGAGUUACUGUGGACAUGGGAUCCAUAAACUUUUCCAUACGGCCCCUAAUGUGCCACAUUAUGCCAAAAAUAAGGCAGUUGGAGUCAUGAAGCCAGGUCAUGUAUUUACAAUUGAACCAAUGAUCUGUGAAGGUGGUUGGCAAGAUGAAACAUGGCCUGAUGGUUGGACUGCGGUAACAAGAGAUGGAAAGCGCUCUGCCCAGUUCGAACACACUCUCCUGGUCACAGAUACAGGCUGUGAGAUCCUGACCCGGCGGCUGGAUAGCAUUCGUCCCCAUUUCAUGUCCCAGUGAUAGUCUGGACUGAGCAGGUGGAUCUGAACAGUACCUGUUG